AUGGCUGUUGUUCAGCAUUACUUACUUUCAGCCAGUUAUCUCUUCCUGCUUAAUAAGAAGAUCAAAUUGUUGACUACAGUAAAUGGCUCAAACUGUGAGGAGCAGAACUUUUCUGCAUCAAGCAUUGAUCUGGGCUAUGCGCAUCUUCUCCAAAGAAUCGCAGUUGUUGCUCCUUUAUCUCUGUUUCAUUUGUAUAUCGAAAUUGGAGAUGACCACACUGCUCCAAUUCAGUUGCACACUUCCACUGGAUUACCUGUGGUUUUAUAUUCUUCUCCUUCGGCUGCCACAUCUGAAUGGCAAGUGUUAGAUGUGAUUGCGAGGAAAAUCUAUGUUUUACCUGUAUAUAGCUCAGAUGCUGAUAUCAUUCCGUCAGUCAUGAUUACUACCUGCAAAUACUCCACUCCAAUAUCAUAUUUCAAUGAUAAUAUGUAUUCUGUUGACACACAGAAAGCAGGAAUCAUUUCCGUUUAUGAAAACCAAUUAAUUAUUACCUUUCGCACUUUUGAAAAUGGAUUAUUCGUGUUUUCGAUGGCUGAUCAAGGAGAUUUACUUAUUGCUCAAAUUAUUCAAGGCAAAAUUUUCGUCAUUUUUGAUUUUGGUGCGCUUACUCUAACUACAAUUUCUGGAGGUGUAGCCUUGAACGAUGGCUUGUGGCAUGAAAUGCGUUGGAUACAUCAGCUUGAUUCGGUGCAGCUAUUGAUUGACGGCGUCAUUAUCAAUACUACCACUCCAUCCGGUUUAUACAGAAAGCUGGACUUCGAUGCUCAGAUUCAUAUUGGUGGAAGACCACCAGAUGAUAUGAGUACUGGCAUUGAAACAAGUUAUCAUGGCUGUCUUGCUCGUGUGAUGUUAAAUAAUGUCGAUUUGUUAGGGAAAAUACCAAGAUCACAACGAAAAGAUUGUCAGAUGCCAAAACCGCAGCUGAUGACUAUUACGUUUAAUAGCUAUCUAUCUAUACCAUUUUCUUUUUUACCUUUUUCCAUUGAAUUUCGUAUUUUGCCUCAACCAACCUCUCUCUUGUUCUUAACGGAUGGCAAAAACCAAUCGCUUCUGAGAAUAUCAUUCAACAAGGAUGGAUUAUUACUACUAACAUUAUAUGUGGACAAGACGGAAGUAGAACAGUUAUCACAAUCAGGCAAAGUAGUAAAUGAUGGCACUUGGCAUGCGCUAUCGGUGAUGAUUUGGGGAGCUCGACUACACGUUGACGUGGAUAGUUACACUGUACUUUGGUUAGAAGGGAAUGCUGUUCGAAAUAUCGCCAAACAAAUAUCUUAUUUCCAUCUGUCAGCAGUGGGAUGUUAUCGUUCAGCUACUGUGUCUUUCAGAUCAGCAAAUAUUUUUGGCAAUGUUACUUUGGAUGCAUGUCAUUUUCAAAACAGGUGUCUUCCUGAUCCUUGUGAAAAUCAUGGUAUUUGCGAGCAAAUAUCGCUGAGUGAUUUCAAAUGCAGUUGCCGUGGUAGCUAUUAUGGAAAAACAUGUCACGCUACUAAAAAAUAUCGUUCUUGUGAAGAAUUUUUUCUCAAGAAUCCACAAAUCAGAAUUAAAAACGUUACAAUUGAUUUGGAUGGAGGCAAUCAGUUAGCACCAAUUACAUUACAAUGUGAGCGUCAUGUUAAGAAUGAAGGUGAAAUAAGUAUAACAACAACAUUAUUUCAUCAAUAUGAGCGAAGUAAUAUAGUGGUUGCUGGCGAUCAUGAACCGGGUUCUGUCAAAAAAUCACUUGAUUAUGGUGUUAAUGGCGAUCAGUUAGAUCGUUUCAUCGAAGGGUUUGAAAAUUGUGAACAGUACAUGCGUUACGAAUGUCGUGGAGGUGCGAAGCUGAUGAGUUAUGGUCUAGAACAACGACCAUCAUCCUGGUACAGCACCAGAAAUGGUCAACAUGGAAUGCAAUGGGGUGAUGCUCCACCUUAUUCUAGAAUGUGUUCAUGUUCAGCCAAUUCAUCUUGUAUUGACAAUAGAAUGUGUAAUUGUGAUAGUGGCCAAGAAAGCGUCGAUGAAGGCUACAAUCUUCACAUGCAAUUACUACCUGUAAUGAAUUUGUAUCUUGGAGGCACUACAGACACAUCAUCUAUAAAUGUCUCUAUUGGGCCUCUUGUUUGUAGUCAUCGUCAUGUAUUUGAUGGAAUAACGUUUCUGAAUCGUGAUGCUCGCUUGACCGGUUCAAAUUCUUUGGUUAGCUCAGUAAUGGAUCUCAAGCUUCAGAUACGUAUGUCGCAUCCCCGAAUGAGAAUCUUCACUUGGGAAUCAUUGAAUGGACAGCGUUGGUUCCAACUUUACGUUGCAGGUGGGCACAUAAUUGGGCAAGUUGUUACCGGUAACAAAGUUUUUGAAAUUGAGUCCAAAGUGCGUGUUGACGACAAUAUAUGGCAUACAGUAUACUGGGAAGUGAGUGUGAGGGGAAUGGUAUUGGAUGUAGAUAACGAAACCAGUGUUCAAGAUGUUCACAUAGUGCUUCCGAAUGUGUACAAUUGGGUUUUAGGAUCAAGCACACAACAUAGUUUAUCGGGUUUCGCUGGUCAAAUACGAAAUAUACAUCUUUGUGGUAAUGAAAUUAUUCUGCGGUCUUUAUUAAGGAAACAAGGGCAGGGUGUGAAGGGUAUAGAAGUAGGCGAAAAGGGAACCUGUAAAAAUGACCGCUGUUUAAAUCAUGGCCAGUGUGUUGAAUUUUAUGACAGUCACAAAUGCAAUUGCAAUAAUACUCCGUUCAUUGGUCAAAAUUGUGAACAAGAUUUUGGUAUUUCUGUUCCAAAAGGUUCUGAACUGUCAAUUCCUUGGCAGCAUCCAGCUCACAUAUCAUCUUGCUUCCGAAUAGCAGUGCAAUCAUUUUCUUCAAACUAUUCACUGAUUAGAGCAAAAGCUUUGUUUGCAGAUUGCCAGUUUAAUCUGACUGUAAAUGAAAAAGGUCGUCUUGAAUUGUCAAUUUUUGACGGUUUCUUUUUCCAUCAUAAGGCUGCUGAUGUGGUGCAUAAAUUUAAUGAUAAUGAGCUCAAUGAUGUAAAAUUUUGUGCUACGAACAGUCAAUUUACUCUCAAAAUUAACGAUGAAGACGCUGUUCGAAUGAGUGGUAACUGGUCAUUUUUCAAACUAUUCAAUGUUUGGAAUUUUAUCGAUAAGAGUGAUCCUUACGUCAUCCAUUGCCAUUUUACGGGAUGUGUGACGAGAUUACAAGUUGGUGCAGGUUUUCCUUUGAAAGAUCCCUCAUCAUCGCGUCUUUCACACAAAGGUGGCAUAAAAUUUAGGAGCUGUCCAUUAGACGAAAUACUUCCCGAGCAACUUACAGAACAGGAAGACCCAGUACUACCUGGCAUUCAUAUACACACCGUAACUGAGCAUCGCAGUCCUUCACUGAUUUUAACUCCUAUUGUUGGUGUUGUCACGGGUUGUGCCUUCAUUUUGCUUAUACUAACCAUUAUAUGUUGGAUUCGAAACCGGCCUGAUGGUGUAUACAAAACAAAUGAAGACGUCUUAGCGUACUGUAAUCCAGAUCGUUCGCAACAACCAAGUCAUACAAAUAAGGAAUAUCUCUGUUGA